GCUCAUUCAGAGACUUCUAUUCUACUGCAGAACUCCCCUGAAGAACCUGAAGAACCAUGACUUCUGAUAUGCCUGGAGGGUGGACUGAGUGGCGAGAGGCUGAUGCAGAAGUGAAAGACCUCUGCAAGAAGGUCAAGCCUAUAGUUGAGAAGAAAACUGGAAAGAACUUCGCUGUUUUUGAGCCCCUGACGUACCGAACACAAGUUGUAGAAGGAACAAACUACGAUAUCAAGGUGUAUGUAGGUAAUGAUACGUGUGCGCUCCUGAGGGUUUGGCAGAAGCCUUAUGGUGAAAUUGCGGAGGUGAGAUGUGCUCUGGUUCCUCUGCCCAGUGUGGAGUUCUAUAAAAAAUACACCGCCUGAUCUGCAGGUUUUCACCAGGAGGGCUCAUAUACAACUAUCUGAUCAUCACUGAGCUUUACAGGUCUUACAUGCGUCACUAAAUGCUGAUUAUUGAACUUUACUGAUACUUGUUUUUGGUGGUUUCUGUGAAUUUUUCUUUUUUGUUUCUAUUUUGGUUCUAUAAGAGGUUUUGACUCUGUAUUUACUCUGGUGUAUGUGUUUUUAACUCCUGCUGUUCUGAUUCUGAUUAUUGAGCCUUAAUAAACUCAUUUACU